UCUGCUUCACCCAGGAGCACCGAUAAUGCACUUUUCUCUCUUUUGCACAGCAAACAGUGGCAUUUUAUAUGCUGGUUUCCAUGUAGAAGAUCCUUGUAAGUCUGGCUUUGAUUUCCCAGCUGCCACACUGAUUUGCAGUAUUGUAUAAGAUUUGGGCGCUGUGGAUCUUGUACUAAGUUACCGUUCUUGUGUGGACUUAUUCAGCCUAUGGAUGCACUAUUCUCAGUGACCUUAUUCUUGCCUGGUUGCGCACUUAAUUACUCAGUUUGGCACAAUUUAUUAUGUUAAUUGUCGCACCACUAAGAAAUGAAGGUGGCUGUAUUGGACCUGGGUACUAUUUUUGCUAAGAUUUUUAAGUCUUCUGUGUCUCCAGUUAAUCCUGGACCUUCAAGUAGUCCUUUUUCUCAGGGUUCUGCUUCAGGGAACACAAAUGGUUCUUUGGCUCAGAAAGCAUCUUUUCUUUUACUACCGGCACCGCCAUCGCCGAGAAACCUUCUGAGCUCAUUAACAUCUUCGUCUUCAUCUUUGCCUCGCGUUCCAUCUGGAAAAGCGCUGGCUACUCACCUGACAGGAUAUUCUACACCCAACAGUCCAUCCCAUGCAACAAAACCUCAUGCUGCCAACUUAGGGGUCAGUUCUUUUGGGGCAUCCACUCAACAGGCAAAUGAAGAAUCUGGGUUAGGGUCACAAACUACAGUUACAUCUCCAACACCACCAAAUACCAUUCUAGUACGUGCAGCUCCCUCAAAUGCAAAUGUAGUGAUGCCUGCAAUGCAGCUCAACCACCCCAGUCGUUCUCCGUGGCUUCAUCGGGAUGUCUCUGCUUCUGGAUGGAACACCAAGUCCAUGCUGUUUAAUUUGCCAGAUAUCGGGGAGGAAAGCACAGAUUAUAAAGAAAGUCACCAUAGCCAGGGGAAGGGAAUAACAAGAGGAAGUGCAGAACGUUACAUUUCAGACAAUGUACGAGAUUCUCUUCCAGAACAUUUUACAAAACCCGUACAAGAGGCUAUCCAUCAUUUCAAAUGUGAAUCCAUAUCCUCCUUGUCGUCCAGUGGGCAGACAACACCAACAGACUUAAAUCAGUCCUGGUCAGGGAUACAAAGCUGUACCACCGGCCUGUCCACAGAGAGAAGUUCUGUUUAUUCCUGGACGGAUGAUGAGUUUGAUAAAGCCAACACGCAGCGGAUGCAUCAGUUAUUCUGGGAUGUGGAUGAAAUGCUGUUUGAAGGUAAUGUCACGUCACAAAACAAGACCCUGCAAGCGGAGGGGAAGGAGUGGACUGAGCGAUCCCUUCACUUGAGAAUAUUAGGGAAACAGCUUAUUUUGCCAAAAGAUGAAGGCUUCCAGCAUUUCCAGAGUAGAGCACCAAGCAAUGCAUAUAUACAUCCGGUAGCUGAUCUUGGGGAGAGCAGCAGUUACAUGAAAGAGCUUUGCGUCUCGGGGUCAAAACUUGUACCCACAACAUCUCCACUUCACAAAGCACAAGAUUCUGCCUCCAAUGGAGGCCUGGGAAUAUCUGAAUUGUCAUCCUAUUCGUUUCUCAAGGAAGAGAUUUAUGGCAUGGAUGGUACUGUUGAGGAGUAUCUCGCUUUUGACAGCAGAGAACAUGAUGAGGAGGGUUUGGAUCAAAAGAAAGUUCAUCUUCAACGAAAGAGGAAUAAACGUGGCAUUCCUCCUGUCUCUCCUAAUGCCUGCAUCAAAGAUACGGUGGCUGCAGAAAUAUUUGAUGAUGCCUGGAGAAAAGCAGUUGAUUAUUUGCAGGAGCUUAUUGCGAGAUUCUGGGAUGAAGCAUUGGAGGAGCUAAAGCAAACUGAGAAGCGCCAAUCAAACAGCAAUAGAUAUCUCCCGAUUCCAGUGGCACAUAUUAUUUCCGAGUCAGCAAGCAUCCCUCCAUCUAGAGGCUCAGAAGCGAGAAGCCUAUCAUUCGGUUCCUACCUGUUUCCAUCUCAGACAAAUCGCAAUUUAAACAGUGACCUGAAUGGUGUUAUGACAAUUCAGGCUAAACCCCUGCAGCACCGCCACGCUGGAUCUGCAGAGAAGAUGCAAAAUGAACAGGAAGAUAAAAGCUUUAACAUUGCACCCCAGGUCUUAAGCUCAGCACGGAAUAGACUUGGAAGAUUGGGUGAUAAUAGUGUUCUCUCAUCAUCCCGUAUUCUGCAAACGCCUUCUAGGAAAACACAGCGCAGACUGCCUUCUAUUACUCUGGAUCCUCUGCGGUCCAAAACCCCAAACGUCUACAGUGAUGAAGUCUUAAGAGGCACAAAAUUAUACACGGGACUGGAUCGUUUGCCAUCACCAUCUUUGCAAAUUAUCAGAAAUAAAUUGCCACCCAUUAAUUCAGAAGUGGCUGAGCAACAUCUGUCAGUCCCGGGAUCUCGCCAUUCAGCUAACAAAACCAGACUCCCUCUCAGCCGGGUAUCUAGUGCUGUACCUGACAGUGCAGGUCUCCGACCCCCACGUGAACGAACUGCACCCCAGGAGCAAUUUACAAGGCCAAACACUACGCACACCUUUAGAUUGGAAUUGUCACACAGACGCUCCUUUACUCCCAUGGAUUUUACCAACCAUACGUGGACUGGGCAGGCUUUCCUGACAAGUUCACAGUAUCAGCCUAAAGCUUUCCAGAGGAAUCAACCAACUUCUAGAAGAAAAUCUCAAGUGGCCUCUUAAUAAAAUGGACUGAAAUGGACAAUAAUAGGCCAAAUAGCCAAAUGUUUGAGAAUUUACCAAAACAAGCUUGGACUUUUUUAUACAUUACAAAAUGCAUUACAAGGGGACCUUCACAUUAAUAGGAACACUACCAUACCUCAGAUUAGGCCCAGUCAUUGUGCAGGAGCACGGAAUCUCUUUGGGCAGCUUGUUGUUGUACACAGCCCUUACAUCCAUUUUUUUUCUUCUGGCGAAUUACUACAUCAAAUAUUAUAUGCAACUUUCUGUAUGCCAAACUUGUUAUUUCCUGUUUUCUCAGUAGUACAAAGAUUUAUAAUGGAGUCAUAGAGAUUUCAAUCAUUGGGGCCAGUUAUACAAGACAUAUGCAUCCUGCAUCAUGCUCCUUGUUGUUGUUAUAUUUGAGAUGGAGCAUGGAGACUUAAAACUCUUGUUCUCUAGUGAGUAAGGUAAUCAGGAUUAUAUUCCAUGUGUACGCAGCCUUUAUUGUUUUUAUUAUUUUUCAACAAAAUUUUUCGACAAUUUCGAUGGCUGCAACAAUUCCGACGCCGGAGAUAACUAAACGCACGCCCAUUUGACACGUGGUCAAAAUUUGCGUUUCAUGAAUUUCCCAGGAAAUUCACAUAUUUUCCGGGAAAGCAAAACGUGAUAUAUUCACCCAUCACUAGUUAGGACCACAUCAGUUUAUGAAUAUGAUCUCUCCAGGCAGGGCUGCAUAUGCCCCUGUUGUGUUUCACUCAAUAUUAAGCUUUCUACGUAUGACCAGCUUAACAGUACAGGCUGUAGUACAGCUACUGGGGGUUCUAAAUGUGCUUUGGUCCUAAAAGGACCUGGGCCACAUUGGUAGAAAUAAUUUGAUCUAUUAACACAGAAAUAAAAAAUAUAAUAUGGAAGGGCCAAUAGGCAAUCUCACAUACAGAAGAUGAAGGAUAUAGGCAGUUAGACAGGGUGGGAAAUAAGAAGACAAGGUAAACUGUUGGUUAUAAAGGGACAACGAUUAAGACUGCUGACCGGUUUGUCUGACUCUGGAGGUUCACAGCGGCUGCCCGGUAUAGAAAGGGACCUGCUAAGGGUUCAUGCCUCUGUGAUGGUCACCUUUUUAAAUUCCCCAAACUGUUAACUGGUCCAUCAGUCUUUCUAGAAAACUUCAAAACAUACAGAGAAAUAGUUUCUGCACAGGCUUUAUGUAAAUUUCAUAUGUUCAUUAUUUAUAAUAAAAUUAUAUUUUUGUAUUACAUUGAAUAGGAAAAACAAAUCUGUAUUAUAGUCUGCAAAUUCGACAAAAGAAAAAAGUAGCAUGAUUAGUUUUUCUACUGUUGUAAACCACUUCAGUAGCACAGUAAUUAUGUAAUAGCAUUGUAUAUACAAAUGCUGUAUAUUAUACCAGUUUGAAAGCAUUGACUGGAAUCUGAAUGGAAUGUUUCCUGGAUUGUGUCAACAACCUAUAAGCAUUCAUUUGUUUAUUGCCAAUAAAUGACCUGUUGUUUAA